AUGGAAAUGGAAUCUGCGACUCAAGCUAUUUCAUCCUUAAAUAUUGAAGAAGAUGAAGAGCUCUCAUGGAUUCAGCAUAAAGUGCUGAAUAACACCUUGAGGAUAACACUUACUGAUACAAGAAAAAUUCAAGGCAAACUUCAGUGCCUUGAUCAUUUAGGAAAUAUAGUUUUGACUGAAGCAGUUGAGCAUAUCCCCAACUUUAAUAUUCAAAGAAAUGUUGGAAGCGUCAUUAUUCCUUCAAAAGCUAUUGAAAAAAUUGAGCUAGAGAAUAUCGAUUAA